CAUUUUAGGGAACCACACUAUUGUUUUUGAACAACACCAUUAACUUGCACGAACCUUGCUAUUGAUUAUUAACUUGUUAGUGUUUCCAAAGAGAGAGAUAUAUAGAUAUGGAAGAUAGUAGUAUGAUCAAUAUGCCAGAUUUGGUAUUUGAAGAGAAAGUUGGUAACAAGAGAGUUAGAGAUGGUGAAGAGGAGAUCCAUAAAGGGCGACUCGAAAAGCGGCCAAGUGGAGUCUUGGGUGUGAAUGGCGGUGGAGAUCAUAUCGUAGACGAAGGUGAUCAAGGCGGAGAAAGUGGUGGGAUAAUUGAUACAUUCAUUUCAAAUGUCUUUCACAACAACACAAGUGGUAUAGAAGGUGAAGUGGAAGCUAAUGUGUUUGAUGUUGUUGAAGAUGAAAACAAGAGGGAAGAUUUAGGCCGUGUUGAUGGCGGUGAUGGUGGCGGAGAAGGAGGAGAAGGUGGUGGUGGUGGGAUCAUUAGUGCAUUUUUUUCAGACAUAUUUCACCAAAAUGGAAGUGCAAAUGAGGAUGGUGAUCAAGCAAAAUCCGAUCAUUUGCUCGAUGAAGUUGCUGAGAAAAGCGAACAUUUAGGUGGCGAGGAUGGAGGAAAUGGUGAACCGGUGGAUCUCAAUGCUGAAAAGUUACCGGAGAAGAAGGAUCAAGUAGUUGAUUUGCCUAGUAAAGACUCUAAAGGACCUACACCAAACUUAAAACCAGAUGAUUAUGCCGAAAGAGUGUUUUUCCUUAAUAAUAACUGAAGACGACCUUAUUCAACAUAGGAAGGAUCGAAGUGGUCAAAAUUAAUGUAGUUGAUAGUUUAGUUUAGUUCAGCUCAGUUCAUCAAUGAUGUCGAUCCAGUUAUUGAUAAUUUCAGUUUUACUUUUGUAAGAAAAUUGAUUUCGAAUGAAAAACAUAGUUCCUUAUGUAAUUCUUAAUCAAACAAAUAGAUUUAUAUUAUAUGAUAA